UUCAGAAUACACAAACUCAUCACCCAUAUAUCCAUCAACAUUCGACGUAACUUAGUUUUCUCCUCCGUUCCACUGAAAUGCCCAAAAACUCAAAUUCAUCGUCGUCGGCAAUGAGCGGUUUCUGCUCCCAUACUGGAAUAUUCCAAAGCCUCAAGCCACCGACUGCCCUUCCACCCGAAACCCUCCCCCUCACUGUCGCCCAAUACUCUUUGUCUCUUCAACUCACCUUGCCAUGGCCGAAUUCCUCCACUGCACUCAUCAACUCAGCCACUGGUCACCGAAUCUCUUACUCCGACUUCACCCUCCGUGUCACCACCUUAGCUGCUUCUCUCCAAACUCGAUUUGGUCUUUCCAAAGGUGACACUGCUUUUGUUCUCUCUCCCAACUCCACCUUCAUUCCGAUCCUCUAUUUCUCGCUGCUAUCCAUCGGUGUCGUCAUUUCUCCGGCCAAUCCAAUCAGUACCGACGCCGAGAUUUCCCGCCAAAUCGAGCUUUCCAAACCUGUGAUUGCCUUUGCUACAUCAGCAACUCGGCAUAAACUGCCGAAACUUCGAUACGGAACAGUGGUGAUUGACUCGCCAGAGUUGGAAUCAAUGACGAAUAGGUCAGAUUUCGAGCUGAGACGCGUGGAGGUGGAGGUGAGCCAAUCAGACGUAGCGGCGAUUAUAUAUUCGUCGGGAACGACGGGGCAAGUGAAGGGAGUAAUGCUGACUCACCGGAAUUUGAUAUCGAUGGUUGCCAAUUAUUAUGCUCAGAAGCCAGAGAGGUCAUCACCGGCAGUAAUUCUGUACACAGUGCCAUAUUUUCACGUGUUCGGUUUAAGUUAUUGUUUAAAAUCUGUGGCUACGGCGGAAACGGUGGUUGUGAUGGAGAGAUUUGAAAUGAGGAAGAUGUUGAAGGCAGUGGAAGAAUUUAGGGUGUCGGACAUUGCGGUGGCGCCUCCAGUGAUUGUGGGAAUGAUCAAGGAAAGAGCUAAAAAGGAGGAUGGGUUGGAUUUGAGUUCACUGCGGAUGGUAUUAUGCGGGGGAGCUCCGCUGGGGAAAGAAGCGAUUAAAGCAUUUACAGAGAAGUUCCCAAACACACAGUGUGUGCAGGGUUAUGGAUUGAGUGAAUCUACGGGGGCUGUAAGUCGAGCUGUAACGGAGCAAGAAUUCCUUCGUUGGGGUUCAACAGGGCGGCUUAUACCCAAUACAGAAGCAAAAAUCAUAGACCCUAUAACUGGAAAUGCUCUGCCUCCAGGGAAGCAGGGAGAGCUCUGGGUUAGAGGACCAACAGUAAUGCGAGGGUAUGUGGGUGAUACAAAGGCCACUGCCGAAACACUGGUAAAAGCAGCAGGUGGGGGUGGGUGGUGGUUGAGAACCGGCGACAUUUGCUACUUUGAUGAAAAUGGUUUCCUAUUUGUUGUGGACAGGCUCAAGGAAUUAAUCAAAUAUAAAGGAUACCAGGUUGCUCCUGCUGAACUAGAACAGCUCCUUCAGUCUCACCCUCAUAUAAUUGAUGCUGCUGUUAUCCCAUAUCCUGAUGAAGAAGCUGGUGAAGUGCCCAUGGCAUUUGUUGUCAGAAAUCCUAAAAGCAAUAUAAUAGAUGAACGGCAAGUGAUAGAUUUCAUUGCAAGACAGGUUGCACCUUACAAGAAAAUCAGGCGUGUUUCAUUUGUUAGCACCAUUCCUAGGAGUGCUGCUGGCAAAAUAUUGAGAAAAGAAUUAAAGAAGAUGGUUAUACCAAAUUCUAAAAUGUGAAGUAUAAUGUAAUUUCUACUACUUUCCUAAUACAGUGGGGAGAUGAUAGAAAUACAAUUUCCUCCCAACACGAACUUGUUUCACAAUAAUUGCUCAAAUUCUUCAUAAGUUGAACUUC